AUGCCUGCCCAUCAGUUCUUUACCAGUGACGGACACAACCCGGAAAUUAUUUAUCACUUACUGGAGAACGAAAGUGAGUUUGGUCCUCAAGCAAGCUAUCAGGCCCUCGAUAGCUUGCUGCGCCGCGCGGGACCUUCCCGGGAGCAGAGGCUCCUUGAAGAACGGGAUGCCGCGCAGUGGGAGGAUGACUACCUCGAUGCCAGCGACUCGCUGGCAUGGCGCCCCUUGACCCCAUAUCCAGAGUUAAUGAUGCCAUUCUCCGAGGAGUUCUCUGAGAUCAUGUCGGAGAUUGUGGUGGCGGGACCGGGGAGUGUGAUUGUGGAAGGGGAGGAAGUCGUCGAAGGAGAGGAAGACGCGGGAGGGGAGAGAUGCACGGAAGGGGAGGGGAAUGCGGAAGAUGAAGGGAAUGCGGAAGAUGAGGGGAAUGCGGAAGAUGAGGUAGACGUAGGAGAGGAGGGGGAAGAGGAAGAGGAAGAGGAAGAGGAAGAGGAAGAGGAAGAGGAAGAGGAGGGGUACGCAAGCACCGUGACUGACAGUGUCAUGGAUACCGACGACGACGACGACGACGACGACGUAUACAGCACCAGCGUCUGCGAAUACGGGAGUCAGGUAUUUCCAGAUUUCGAGGCUAACAGGUUCGUCGCCCUGAUGCAGCGCCUCACAACCAGAGCCUGCACCGACCUCUCGGCCGACACGGACUCCAUCCUCGAGCGGGACUACUUCCACCAGGCACAGCACAUCUACCCUGCCGAGCAGGUCAUCCGCCACAUGACCACCCUCUCCGGCGGCGAGCACUUCUUCAGCCCCGCCUACGACGAGUGCCGGGAGCGGUGGCGACGCAGCGGCCGCGCCAGCAUGCCCCGACCGCCCUUCACCAUCCUGCUCCCGAACCCGGCAGUCCCCGGCCGCAAGACCCGCACCACCAUCACCCUCGGCCACGUCUUCCUGCCCGGCUGGGUGGACGACGAGACCGGCCGGCGCACGCGGCAGCCGGCGCAGGACCUGCUCUCCGUCCACGAGUGGGACCGCGGCGUCGACCUCGCCGAGGGCCGGCGGCACCAGGUCACGCUCGUCUCGCCCGGCAACGGCGGCCGCGUGCCCACCCUGAGCGAGGCCGCGCAGCUCCUCGGCUUCCCCACCGUCGACGCGCUGCACCGCUUCAUCCACCGGCCGGCCGUCCGCGGCGCCUUCCGCGAGCUCUGGGACGCGGCGCGGCUCUGCGAGAUCCAAGGCGACAGCGAGCUGCCGUGCAGCAGGCACCAGCGGCGGCCGGUGGCGCUGCGCAUCUUCUACACCAGAAGGAAGGGGGGAGGGAGUGAGUUUGACGCGGAGUGCCCGGACAAGACGGGCUGGGGCCUGUUGAGUCACUUGGCGCGCUUCUGCCUACAGGUCGAGAGGGUGUGCAACGCGAGGAUGCUGCCGCCGAUGCGCGGGCAGCUGCCGAUACUGCCGGGCAAGGCGCCCAGCUCGACGGUGGCCUGGGGCGGCGUCGAGCUGGCGAGGCUACUGCGGCGGAUGCAGAAGGGCUUGGGGAGCAGGACGCGGUAUCUGGACGAGGCGCCCCCCUAUGCUGAGGCAGUCUGA